GUCGUCACGGGCGCGCGCGUGAAGAUCGGCUUCCGCGUCGCGCUCACGCUGCUGCGCUGCGGCGCGCGCGUCGUCGCGACGACGCGCUUCCCCGCGGACUGCGCGGCGCGCUUCGCGACGCAGGCCGACGUCGGCGACUGGCGGGACCGGUUGACGGUCGUCGGCGCGGACUUUCGGGACCUG